CAUACUCAACCCUCUCUGGUGCGCUCAUUCUACUGUGUUUACUACUCGUAUUUUUAGUAAAAAUGUGCUAAAUGUGAUGAAUACUACUUAUUGUACAUUGACUAAUCGGAGAAUAAACCAACAACAUUAACUAACAACAACUAGAUGAAUGAGUAGAAAAAGGAAAUUAUUUUUAGAGGAGUCAGUCAUAGUCCGCCGUCGCCGCAUGUUAUUAUAACCAAUCGGCCAAAUUAAUCUCAACUCUAAACAUAUUUUCACAAAAUUAUCAUAUUUAGUUGCAGUUAACACCCUUUACGAUUUACAAGUCCAAAAAAUAAAUUGUUCAAAAUUGUUCUAAUAAAAUACAAAUAAAAUAAAUAAAUAAAAAUAUCGUGAUAUUUUGGUGCCAAAUUGUAAUUUAAGUGUUUUAAAGUUUAAAAUUAGAAAUGGAAUCAAAAGUCUGUAGUGCAUUAUUUAAAAUGUACAUCAUAUGCUAAUAAAAAAUCUGUGUAAAUAUAAUAAUUCAGUUAUUUGUAGCAAAAAAUAUGUUUGUGAGAAUCAACAGUUGGUUUUUGUAAAAAAAAGUUUUACAAUCUUUUAAAAAAAAUAAUAAAAAAAUUAAAUUAAUAAAAAUAUAAUAAUAUUUGUUAAAUUGUUAUACAAUAAGCAGCGAUAUUGUUGUUGUAUGUUGCCAUUACUUACAUACAAACAAACACAUACAAUUCAAUAUUUUACAUACACAUGUGGAUAAACUAAUAGGCGUGAAUUUUGUAUAAGUCUGGAGGAACGCAUUAUGGAUGAUGAUGACAAGAAAUUGGUUUCCGGCGAAAUACACAGACGUAGUCUAAGUCAAUCUCCGCUUGAGCAGGCAGCUAAAGUGAUUGUUAAGAAAUUUGAUGCCAGUAUAAAAAGUGCCAGUCUGGGAGCCACGGUCGACGAUAGUGGAGAUGGUGGCUGUUGUGCAGAUAACAUAGUAACAUAUACGUUGGCUAACGAAAGUGAGAAUCUGCCAGCAGAACAUCAACACAGAGUAAUGCCUCAACAACAAUACAGCAACGGAAGCGGAGAUAAAAUAUGUUGUGGUGAUAAGAGCAAAAACAAAGCGACUGACAUAACAUAUAAUUCAGAUGACGAAGAAGGCCUCGCUAAUCCCGGAAUUCAAUCCAAUAUUGAUGACAAUGACAUAGACGCAAUUCACACAAGGGAUAACAAUGAAAUGGCUAAUGACUGCACAAACACUGAUGGAGAUGGCGAUAGGAUAAAUGAUGAAAUUGAGAAUGUCGAGGACAUGUCAAAAAUACCACGUUUACCCGGCGAUGGUGCACAAAUGGAUGAUGAGAUGCCAUCAUCAGUUCGAGGUUCAACAUCAACGUUGGCUGCAAGUUUUCGGAAGCCUCGCAUCAAACCGAACAUUCCAUUGCGAGUACAAUCUGUUCGUAUAAUGGAAAGAAAAAUUCGUUAUGGACCAAAGAGAAGAACCGAAAGCUGUAGUGUAUUCGGCAGUACAAGUCUUGAUUUUGAUGCAGAGGAAGAUGGUCACAAACUUCCAUCACCACGACCACUAAGCAACGAUACCUAUUCAGCAUUUAAGAGUGGAAAUGUUAUUAAAGGCAUUUUGUGUCCAUCUUUGACAAACUCCUUUAAGCAGAGUUCAUUGGAACGUGCCUAUCUGACCUAUACGCAUAGACAACGGCAAAAAUCGCUAAUUAUUGUAAAUAUUGUGGACUUUAUACUGAAGGUGGCACUAGCUAUGAUCUGGUUUCUAAAGGAGACUGUUAAUAAAGUUGAUGUGGAAGUUAAUAUUGCAACCGCCAUAACGUGGUCAGUUUGCUGUGCCCUUUCCAACAUGGCCAUAUGCUUUCUGGGCUAUUGGCGAUGUUUUGCCAACAACUACUUACAUUGGGCUGCCGUAUGUACAUGGAUACUUUUUAAUAUACAAGGAUUUGUUGGAGAAGGUGUGGGGUUUGCUGAUCGAGAAUACUUAAUAUGGUACAUAUUAUUUGUUAUAUUUGUACCGUAUGCUAUGUUACCAUUACCAUUGAAAUGGUGCGUAGUAGGAGGUACAAUCACAGCUAGCUGUCAUCUAACUGUAAUAACCAUAAUUAAAUUGCAACAAGAGGAAAAAUCAAAUUGUGUGGCAUUUCAAAUAUUUGCUAAUUUUAUUCUUUAUACUGCCAUCAAUGUUGCCGGCAUGUACACCAAGUAUUUAACCGAUAGGGGUCAACGACUCGCAUUUAUAGAAACUCAUAAGGCGAUGGAACAUAAAAAGGAAUCGGAAAAGGAAUUACAAAAGACACAAAAACUUUUAGAUUCAAUUUUACCCAACAUUGUUAAUAAUCAAAUUCGCAGCGAGAUGUACAAAGGUACGGAUCCCAAUGUUGAAACGCAAUUUAAUAAAUUGUACGUUUAUCCCAUGGAUAAUGUGAGCAUAUUAUUUGCGGACAUAAAAGGUUUUACCGAACUCGCCAGUAAAACAUCUGCUCAACAACUUGUGAAAAUACUUAACGACCUUUUUGCACGUUUCGAUAGAAUAGCAGAGGAUAAUCAUUGUUUACGUGUCAAACUACUUGGUGAUUGCUACUAUUGUGUCUCACAAUUCGAAAGUGAUAACUGGAAAACACGUCCCGAUCAUGCAGUAUGUAGUGUUGAAACAGGCCUCCAUAUGAUAAAGGCUAUCAAGGAUGUUCAAUUGCACACACAUGUCGAUCUUAAUAUGCGCAUUGGCAUUCACAGUGGCUCCGUUAUGUGCGGUGUUUUGGGAAAUAAAAAAUGGCAUUUUGAUGUUUGGUCAAAUGAUGUUAUAAUUGCAAAUCAUAUGGAAUCUGGAGGAAUUCCCGGACGGGUUCACAUAUCGGAAGCAACACUAAAGUGUCUAAAUGAUGCCUAUGAAGUUGAGCCGGGUAAUGGGGGCAGUCGUGACAAUCAUCUGAAAAUGUUAAAUAUUAAAACAUUUUUAAUUAAACGCACAGAACCAUUAAGACCGAAAAGACGCUUUGGCACACGCAGCACCCAACAUCUAGCUAACAAUAAUGGCAGCAAUACAAGUACUCCAACUGCGACCACAUCGCCGACAAUUACCAGUAAAACGUUCGUACCUAAAUCCGUUUCCACUACGGUUGUUCAUAACGAACAACAGCAACAACAAACAACACCAUCACAACCACCACCGCCAUUAUCAGCAGCAACAACAACAACAAAUCCCACAACACAUGUACCACUUGCUGCGCUACAAAAGAAAAACAUUUCGUUAAGUUCAUUGCCCAAUGUAGUGGAAGGUGUCGCUAUGGGCCCAGCUGGCCUUUCAACCGUUUCCUCACCAACAGCACCCACUGCAGUAAAGGCGAAUGGCGGAAGUGUUCACAGUAUACUGGAUGCAAUUGAUCCAAAAUCAUUAAUUACAGAAGACGAACCGACCACAGAGUGGACACCAGAAAUACCUUUUAAAAAUUUAAAUUCUCCCGAUGAGGGCAUCAUACGUUCCGAUUCUGUUUUAGGAGAUCCAAGACAAUCACAACGUGUUUCUGUUACUCCACUGGAUGAGGAAAUAGAUGAAUUCAUUGAGCAAAACAUUCAAAUUAAUUCGAAUAAGAAAAUUCGACGAGAGUACCUUAGUCCUUGGACAUUAAAGUUUAAAGAUAGAGAUCAAGAGUUGAAAUUCUGUCAAUUGCGCGAGGACAUGUUUCGCUCCAACAUGUUGUGCGUAUUUGUAAUAUGGAUUUUCAUAGUAUUGUGCCAAAUUAUUAUUAUACCCCGAUGUACAAAUCUCUUAAUAUGCUUAGCAAUAGGAACUAUUAUUUUAAUAUUUAGCUGCAUAAUAGUCAUGGCUGAAGAAUUUUCAGGUCUACCGGAUGUUCUUAAACGGAAUUCAGCAAAAUUAGUACAUCAACGACAACGUCGUACCUAUUUCAUAUGUGCCAUUAUCAUUCUUAUGACAGUUUUAAGUUCAGUUGGUCUUAUUCUAUGUCCAUCCUCGACAUACUUCGAUGGUAGUGGCAACAAUAAUAACAACGAAAGUGUAAAACAUUCCACACCAUCGACCGAUACUUAUAAAGCAAUAUCCAAUCCACUUAACGGUAGCAGCAGCAAUGUGGCCAUUAUCAAUAACGGUGAAAAGGAAAUAAAAUUGAAUGUUGUUCUUUCAGCCACAAUUCAUCACAAUAUCACUAUAAAUGGAGCUGGCAGUAUUGUUGAUGCCAAUUCCCUGUUGGUGGACAAUUUAGCAAACGCUACAACCAAUGAAUUAAUACGCCGCAGUAUAGUGGAUGCCUUAAAUCUUACACAAGCCACAAACAACAUUCUCAAUAAUACAAUCGAACCAAUUGAGAAGUCUCAACGUUUUCGGAUACUUGGUAAUCAAGGCAAUGAUGAUACUAACAUUAGCCACAUUCAGAACAAUUUCAUGAUCCCCACGGAUGACAACUAUACGCUAUUUUAUACAGAUUUAUUUUUACGAAAUGAAUACUAUUCACCAGACUGUGCCCAUCCCGAGUACAUCGUAUUUACUUGGAUCUUGUGUUUAGUCUCGUUGGCAACAGCACUUAAGCUUUACUAUUUGGUCAAAGUGAUUAUGGCAAUAUGCAUGGUUGCAUUUUAUACUACUUUGAUUCAAUUAGUAUUUCCACUUAUAUAUCCCAAAGUUCUAAUUGAUCUCGAACAAUCACGUCUCGGCAUGCCCUUGGGAGUUCAAAUGUUAAUACUAUUAGUAUCGUUUUUGGUGAUGGUUUGCUAUCAUGCCCGUUUAGUUGAGGUCACAUCUCGUUUAGACUUCAUUUGGAAGGAACAAGCAGAACGGGAAUUAAUAAAUAUGAAAUCUAAUCGAGCAUUAAACGAUACAUUAAUUAAGAAUAUUCUACCCGACCAUGUUGCCGCAUACUACUUAUCUGACGAACAUACUGACGAACUGUAUUCGAAUAUGCACAAUUUGUGUGGUGUCAUGUUUGCUUCUAUACCAAAUUUUCAAGAUUUUUACUCCGAGGACAUUGACAAUGGCAAAGCCUGCAUACGAAUAUUGAAUGAAAUUAUUUGUGACUUUGAUGAACUAUUGGAAGAAUCGCGUUUCGCUUCCAUUGAGAAGAUAAAAACAGUUGGUGCAACUUAUAUGGCAGCAGCUGGCUUAAAUUGCGAUUCCUUAAGAAUGCGUGGUGAAACUUCAGAAGAUAGUGUCUGCAGUUUAGUGGAGUUUGCUUUUGCCAUGAAACAAAAAUUGGAAGAUAUCAAUAAAGAGGCUUUUAAUAAUUUUCAAUUGCGAGUGGGUAUAUGUAGUGGUUCCUUGGUAAGUGGUGUUAUUGGGGCCCGCAAACCAGUAUACGAUAUUUGGGGAAAUACUGUAAAUGUGGCAUCACGUAUGGACUCAACUGGCGAAAAUUGGCGUAUACAGGUGCCAGCUAGUACCGCUGAUUUACUAAAGGCUAAAGGUUAUACAUGUGUGAAACGUGGUGAUGUCAAUGUUAAAGGCAAAGGGAUUAUGACUACGUAUUUUGUUCUUCCACGCGGAGUUACCGAAAGUCAAUUAUCAUCACCUGUACACAUGCCAGCUGGUAUACCCAUGACUCAGACACCAAAUCUACAGCGGCAAACUUCACAUCAUGGUUCAUUUAGUGCAGUGGUCUUUGGAAUGCUCCAAGCUUCAAAGCGAAGUACAAAUAUGGCAGGAACUCCCACUGGUACACCUUCACCACAAAUAAGACGAGGUCAUAGAGGCAGUACUUUUAGUUCAGUGCGUCUGUCACAAAAGGCUACCAUCAACAAUCCUGUACGACGAAAUACUACAAGAGUUCGUGGACGUUCUUAUCGUCAGAAAAAGAGUUCUUCUAACAACUCAAUCGUUACACAAACAAGUGGUUCCUAUUUACCAUCAUUCCGUCGCAUCGAUCAAAUCGAAACAACAAUAUCAAAAAGUCAAAACGAUGCAUUAUAGCGUUUACGUUAUUGGGUCUAAAAUCCUAAACGCUUGUAAGGCAUAUAGAUGCACAGGAAUUUAAUUUAAUAUGUCUUUUAUAUAGAUUUAUGUAUGUAUGUAUGUAGAAAGUACUUAGUACAAGUUAAUUAAUUGUACGUAAUGUCAAUUUAAAAAAUAAUGACGAAUUGUAAUUUAAAAAUUUUAUUUACAAUACAAACAUACAAACUAAUUAAUUAAGUAUGUACAUCGCAAAUAUUUUCAUAAUCAUUUUAUAGAAUGUUUCUAUUUAGUCUUUAAUGUUUAUGUAUUAUAAUAAUAUUAAUACUUAUUGGUCAAAUGUUUUAAGAUGGUUAAAUAAGCUUAAGGAUCGGUUGCAUAGCACUUAAGAUUUUUAAAUUCGCAUUUUGGCCGGACAGUCCCAAACAACCUGUUCAACCUACUACUUACAGUUACCCCAAGCCAUCGACUGUCCAGGCUAUUUUAAUAUUUGCUUGUUCUACGCGGAAGUCAAUCGUCACCACAUAUAUUACGAUUAUACUGACAAAAAUCUCUUGCAUAUACAGGAGAUACUAAAGUUCUCGUUUACAAGAAGUAUAUCCGUGACGAAAGAAGAAUUAGAGUCAACCAGUUGGUUAAACGUUAGUGUAAAUCAUUGUUUUUUCGAAUAGACUCUUUGUCGAACUGCAGGGUAUUCUUUCAAACUUAAGUGUCAUGUCGUUCCUUAGUGUAAAACUACAAAAUAGAUUGUCAAUCAUCACGACAUUAUACAUACAUAUUUAUGCACAUAAAUACACAUAAAUAUUUAUUUAAUUUCAUCCAUAUUUUUACGACAUUAUUAUCAUUAUGCAUAAUUAUUUAACAAUUUCUAAUUGUUAACUUUCCUAUACUCACAAAAAAAUUCGGCAAUGAGGCCGAUGGGAAAUUACUACUUUCACAAGUGGUUCUAUGAAAGCGCUUUGAAACGAUUCUGAUUCUUCUUCCUUAAUCAUUUAGUUUUGCUCAAAUUUCUCUUCUCGAAAAUUGUUAUAUGGCAGCUUAAGUGUACAUAUACCUUAAUAUUUAUAAUGAUUAUUUUACGUUUAUUACGCACAUUUUCCAUACAAAAUUCCUAGAAUAAACCAUCAAUAACUUUAUUAAGCAUUUAUGAAUAUGAGGAAUAAACUUCCUAUAGAAGAGUUCCGGAGCAAGUUAUUAUUUAUAAUUUUUUUUCGAAAUUGUUAUUAUUGGGAACAGUAUUAAGAAACAGGAAGAAGGCCUAAUUUCAAUAUCUGAUACUUCUAAAUUCUACAUUCAGCUUCCACUAUAUCUUUUAUGAGUUUCUGGAUGUUACAGCGAUAUCACUAGUUCCAAGGUUGCUAUUUCCGAAAAAUGUCUGAUUUAAUGGUUACAAUAAAAUACCAAUAUUCAUAAAUAAAACUAUUUAGUUUUAAAACAAUGUUUUAUUUAUUUUUAUAAAAUUCAUUAUGGCUCUGAAAAUAUGGUACCCAAAGACUAACAAGGAUGUAGUUUUGUAAAGGUAUAGGAAGGUUAAUGAUUAAAUCCUAAUUUAAAAAUCCUUACUAAAAGUACCUUCUUCCAAAAUGUAAUAUUUUGACCGUUCCUUUGUUCAUUUGAUUUUUAAAAUUUAACAAAAUUUUUUAUUCCUUAAUAAUUGUGAUUAUGUUUAAGAUCUAAAUCAAAAUUUGUUUAAGAUCUAAAUCUUAAUUUGUUUAUAUAAAAUAAUUAUGUAUAAGAAAAGUUACAACAGUUAUUGUAAUGUUACAAACAUAUAAUGUAAUUUUAUACAAUUAUGUCCAAUUCAUAAUCGAUGUCGCAUCGUUGUAGCGUUGUAUGUUAUAUAAAUAAUUUUUUCCAAUAAAAUUUUUUGAAACAAAAAAAAUCAAUAAUAAAUUUAUUACGACAUACUACGAUACAACCGUACAACACCGAUUGUGAAUUUGAUAAUUAUAUGCGUAGUAACAGAAAUACCACUUAUAAGAUAAUAGUUUUUAUUUAAAAUUUAACAAAUAUUAAUUGUAUUGACAUUUUAAAUCUCAAGAUAAAUGUCUCCCUAAAAAUAUCUUUUUAAUGUUUUAAUUUAUUUUAAAUAGAAUUUGGUACAAAAAAAAUAAAUAAAUAAUAA